CCGUACAGGGACCCAUGACAGACUCUGGACUUGGCAGCAGCAUGCAUGAGGAGGCGGUAUAUAGGGGCCCAUGGCAGAUUAGGGGGCUGGCAGCAGCUAUGUGAGGCCCGUAAUCUGCCUGCACCCUAUGUCAAAAAAUUUAAAACACACCAGCAGUGUGAAGAGAGACCUGAAAGUGGCACAUGGCAGCAGAGUGUGGGCGAUGGAGACAGCAGCAAUGGGAGGCCCUUGCAGCAGCAUGAGGGGGCGGUAUAUAGGGGCCCAUGGCAGAUUAGGGGCCUGGCAGCAGCUAUGUGAGGCCCGUAAUCUGCCUGCACCCUAUGUCAAAAAAUUUAACACACCAGCAGUGUGAAGAGACCUGAAAGUGGCACA